AUGGAAAGAGAAGGAAAAGAAGAUAUGGAAGAUCUCACCGUAUCGCAGCAUCAACGGUUGGCGACUGAUAUCGUUCAUCGUAAAGAGUGGCGACGAUCUCCGCCAGGAGCAACUGGCGAUACGAAUCUUCCACUCUGGCUGCGUCCAUACCUCGUGAUUGCAACUGGCCAGGAUUCCGGGCUGAUCGAAACCAUCCCCGACUCUACGUCACUCGACACACUCAAGAAGAAAUGUCCAAAGUACAGCACACUCACCGAUUACUUUGUGCGUGCAUACGGUGAUCAGAAAACCAAAUCGUUCCAAGACGCCCAGACCAACUUUAUAGAGUCGUUGGCCGGCUACUCGCUGGUGUGCUACUUCCUACAGAUCAAGGAUCGUCACAACGGUAACAUACUAAUCGAUCGCAAAGGUCAUCUCAUUCACAUCGACUAUGGAUUCCUGCUAUCGACCAGUCCCGGUUCGAUCAACUUUGAGAGCGCGCCAUUCAAGCUGACCGACGAAAUCCUCGAACUCAUGGGUGGGCGCAGUUCCGACCGAUUUGUAUAUUUCAAGACACUGAUACUCUGUGGAUUCCUUCAAGUUAGAAAACACUACCAAGAGUUCCUUAUGAUGAUAGAACUAAUGAUUCCACAUACAACAUUGAGAUGUCUAACAAAAGAAGGUGUUGUAGAUAACUUUAGAAACAGAUUCCGUCUUGAUUUAACUAGCGACGCUCAAUGUGAAGAAUUCGUAGACAAAAUGAUUUCCGAUAGUAUUGGAAAUUGGACAACCAAAUCUUACGAUUCCUAUCAAUAUUAUACUAAUAAUAUUACUUUUUGA